AUGGUGACCAGAGUAAGACACAAACCAAAGAUUGCCAGGUCAAGCCAGGAAGUCAAUCCACGGGUCAGGGUCCAGGUCCAGAUCCAUGGGCCCACAGCCAGGCACAGGCAUGGCUGUGAUACACGUGCAGCUGAAGCUCAGAGUUGUUCUACACAUCAAACAAAUAGAGUUCAGAGCUCUGAUGGAGUAUCAGACUAAGACAGCUACAAAUCAAGUAGUACAGAAAAUUUCUGUUUUGUAUCGCCAUCCAAGGGAAACAGACCUGAAAUCAUUGCUUACAAGAAUGGCACAAGAAAGAUUUUUUCUAAAGUUUCUGUGUUCUCAGUUAAGCCACUGCUGGAGGAGUGCAUUGAAAAGCUGAGUCUGAACAUGGCUGCACGAUGAGCAUUCUUGGCAGAUGGCACUGAAGCACUAGAACCUAAAGACAUUCCCCAUGAUGCUGACAUUUAUAUUUCAACUGGAGAGACCAUUUUAGAUGUAUUCAAAAAAAUCAAAGGAACAUUUUUGCAAAUUUUAUUUAGCAAUGUGGAUUAUCUACUUUAA